GGUGGUGGAGGAGUUGUCUAUAAAGAGAGAGUGGUAGAGUAGUUGGAGAGAGAGAGAGAGAAUGUUCAAGUCAAGAAAGAGAAACUGGAACACAACACCACCGCCAACCUUACUUGGUUAUACGAACGUUAGGAGAAAAUCUUGUUUUUUUCGCGUGUGUCAGAUUUCGAUUGGAGUUAUCGGAUGAUCGUGGGUGAUCAGGGAGACUCGUCGGCUACGGCGGCGGAGUCGGUGUUUGUGGACGUGGAUGAAGGUGGUGGAGUAGAAUUUCCCUGUGAGAGGGGUUUAGCUGAAGGAUGAUGAAAAAAGGGAAAGGCAAAAACGGCGGAUUAUUACCUAAUUCUUUAAAGAUUAUAUCGUCUUGUCUCAAGACUGUGUCCACUAAUGCUAGCACUGUCGUUCGCUCGGCCGGUGCUUCCGUCGCCGCUUCGAUUUCCGCUUCCGCUGAUGCUCACAAAGAUCAGGUAAUGUGGGCUGGUUUUGACAAAUUAGAGCUUGGUCCGGUUGCUUUCAGGCAUGUUCUCUUACUGGGUUACCAGAAUGGUUUCCAAGUUAUUGAUGUUGAGGACGCCUCUAAUUUCAGUGAAUUGGUCUCAAAGCAUGAGGAUCCAGUUACAUUCUUACAGAUGCUUCCAAUUCCUGCAAAGUAUGAUGGUAAUGAAGGAUUCAGGUCAUCGCAUCCUUUACUAUUGGUUGUUACGAGAGAUGACAAGAACAGGUCAAGCCUUGGUCAAAAUCAUAGCCAUUUGGGUGGGUAUGGCAGAGAUGGUAUAAUGGGAUCUCCAUCAGGGAGUGCCAUCAACUCUCCUACGGCUGUUCGGUUUUACUCUCUUAGGACUAACUGUUACAUGCAGGUCCUCAGGUUCCGGUCGGCAGUGUUAAUGGUUAGAUGUAGUCCUCGGAUGGUAGCUCUGGGUCUUGAAAUGCAAAUAUACUGCAUUGAUGCCCUUACUCUUGAGAACAAAUUCAGUGUUCUCACCUAUCCCAUUCCUCAGUUUGGGGGACAAGGUAUGGUUGGGGUCAAUAUUGGGUAUGGUCCAAUGGCUUUAGGUUCAAGGUGGUUAGCUUAUGUUUCCAAUAAUCCGCUUGUGUCCAACACUGGUCGCUUAUGCCCAAAGAAUCUCACUCCUUCUGGACUUGGUCCAUCAACAUCACCAGGCAGUGGUAGUUUGGUGGCUCGAUAUGCGAUGGCGUCAAGCAAACAGUUGGCUGCUGGGAUAAUUAAUCUGGGAGACGUGGGAUACAAAAAACUCUCUAAAUACUGCCCAGAGCUGCUGCUUGCAGAUGGUCCUAGUUCUCCAGGCCGGAAAGUUGGGAGGCCUGCAGCAUCAGAGAUAGAGAAUGCUGGGAUGGUUGUUGUUAAGGAUGUUGAUUCUGGUGCUAUUAUUUCCCAAUUUAGAGCUCAUACCAGUCCGAUAUCUGCGUUAUGUUUCGAUCCUAGUGGUACCCUUCUGGUUACUGCUUCAGUACAUGGAAAUAGUGUAAAUAUUUUCCGGAUCAUGCCGUCUCGUAAACGUACAGAUAAUAUUUCAGACGAUCAAACCUAUGACUGGAGCUCUUCUCAUGUGCAUCUUUACAAGUUGUAUCGGGGAAUGACAACAGCUAUCAUCCAAGACAUUUCCUUCAGUAAUUAUAGUCAGUGGAUUGCUAUUGUUUCAUCCAAGGGGACUUGCCAUAUUUUUGUUCUAUCUCCUUUUGGUGGCGAUACCAGCUUUCAAACUCUUAAUUAUCACGAUGAAGUUCCCUCCCCGUGUCCUGCUGUAUCUCUACCAUGGUGGUCUACUUCAUCUUUCACCAUAAACCAGAAGUUGUCUCCACCUCCUGCCCCUGUUACCCUUUCUGUGGUGAGCAGGAUAAAAAAUAAUAACUCUGGACUUCUUAAUUCAGUUAGCAAUGCUGCUACUUCAGCAGCAGGAAAGGUUAGUAUGCCAUCUGGUGCUGUUGCUGCUGUUUUUCACAAUUCCAUAUCUUGGGGUUUUCAGGAGGUUGGCUGUAGGGUUAAUUCCUUGGAGCAUCUUUUAGUUUAUACUCCAUCAGGAUUUGUGAUUCAACAUGAGCUUAUGCCAUUAAUUGGGGCAGAACUGAGUGAGAGUCGUUCAAAAAUUCGGUCAACCUCAUAUGUACAUUUGCAAGAUGAGGAGUUAAGGGUGAAAGUUGAACCCGUUCAAUGGUGGGAUGUAUGCAGACCAUCAGAUAGUCCAGAGAGAGAGGAAGGGUUUUCAGGGAAUACAUUUGAUUCUCAAGAAGCUGGAGGGAUAACUGAUAGCUAUAGAACAAAUUUUCCGGAGAUAAAUCACUCUGUCAUGGAGAAAAGGUUGGUGAAAAGUGAUUCAGUUAAGCCACCUGAUAGAUCCCACUUGCAUCUAUCCAGUGCUGAGGUGCAAAUAAAUUCUGGGAGGUUACCAAUAUGGCAAAAAUCCAAGAUUCAUUUCUAUACAAUGAUCCCUCCAAGAGUGGACGGUUACACUGGUGGAGAGUUUGAAAUCGAGAAGGUCCCGUUUUAUAUAGUUGAAAUAAGACGGAAGGAUUUAUUGCCUGUGUUUGACCAUUUCCAUAGCAUCAAAUCUGGCUGGAAUGACAGAGGGCCUUCUAGGGAAAGAUAUCCUAAUGCUUCAUCUUUGGAAACUGAUCAAGCUAGAGACAAGGUUACUGAAGAAACUGUCAUUUGUCAUUCAAAGCCGGCAUCCCUUAGCUCCACUGAAAGCUCGGAUGGGGGGUCAUCGAGAAGAAUUGAGAAUUUGCUUGAUUUUGAUCAACUGAAUACUGAGAGGUCUAUUACACCCACUAGCCAUUCUCUAGAGUUACACGAGGAAAGAAAGGGGAGUACCAAUCUUGAGCCCCCAAUGGUGAACCAGAAAUCUACAACCAUCGUGCCUUUACCUUCUAAACAUACCCAGAAUGCUAAUUCUCAUGUUGACCAUUCUAUGGCAAACGGGUCAUCCUUGUUAGAGAGCACCUUGCCUUCUUGCAGAAGACUAAAGGUCAAAGAAGCGCCAAUUUCAAAUCCUGAUGGGGUAGGCGAGGGGAAUUACUGUAAGGUGGCAGAGUUUAAUGGAUGCUGCAAGUUAACCGAAGUUGAAACUGAUGAUGUGGAGAGAAGCGGUAGCCUCGGUGAGUGGGAAAAACCCCAGGAUGAUCGGGAGGAUGGUGGACUUCUUGGUGACAUGUUUUGACUUCUCUGAAGGUUGAUUUGUUGCUACCUUGACUACAAGAAAAAUCGACAGUUUGUUGGUAUAUACAGAGUAAUUGUGUUCAUAAUAUUAUCGAGGACAAUGGUGCUGAUCACAUUCGUCAAUGAUUGAAGUGGAAUUGCUUGACAGCGUAUGUGAUCAUCUCUCUCUCUCUCUCUCUCUCGCUCUCUCUCUCCUGUAUAUUAUAUAGAUGGAAAUUCAUAGAUUCAUUUAGGGUCUAGCAUUGGGUCAAGGGGAAUUUAGUAGUUGAUUUGGGUUUGCAUUCCCUGGUUUGAACUUCAUCUCAAGCUAGCAUGUACAUAUGGUUUCGGUGUGAUCAAGUUCUCUACAAGCUGUAUAAUAAUAUUCUUUAUUUAUUAG